CUCGCGCUUCGAUUCUUUCUCUUCGUCCAUUUCUACGUAAAGCUUGACAAUUUCGGCGCUCGGCUUCCAAGUCUGUUUCUUCUCCUGGAUAGCGACUGCAGAAAUCCAGUCAUGGAUUUGUACACGUUGAAGUCUGUUUCGGAUCUUCCACCACCUUUCCGAUCGAUCUACAGCUUCAGGUACUUCAAUUCGCUGCAAAGUGAAUGUUUCCCCAGUUGUUUCCACUCCGACAUUAACAUGGUUAUCUCCGCACCGACUGGGAGUGGUAAAACAGUGCUCUUUGAGCUUUGCAUUCUGAGGCUGCUCUCCAGAUUUAUAACCGACGAAAUGAAAUUCAUCCACACCAAAGGAACACUUAAGACGAUAUAUAUUGCUCCUUCCAAGGCUUUAGUACAAGAGAAGCUCAGGGACUGGAGCCAAAAGUUUGGAUCAUGGGGAAUCAAUUGCCUCGAGCUGACUGGUGACAAUGAUGCCUACAAAACAAGGAACAUACAGGAAGCAGACAUCAUUCUAACAACACCGGAGAAAUUCGAUGCAGUGACUCGCUAUCGCAUAAAGGAUGGAGGAUUGAGCUUUUUCAGCGAUAUCGCACUCUUACUCAUCGACGAAGUUCACCUGUUGAAUGAUACACGUGGAGCCGCUCUGGAGGCAAUUGUUAGUAGAAUCAAAAUUCUUGCUAGCAACCCAAAUAUGAAGUUGACUCCGCUUGCUCAUGUGCGCCUUCUAGCCGUCUCUGCGACAAUUCCAAAUAUUGAAGAUCUUGCUGAAUGGCUUAUGGUUCCUGCUCAGGGAAUUAAAAGGUUUGGAGAAGAAAUGAGACCAGUGAAAUUAACGACUAGGGUUCUAGGCUACACCCCAGCAAAAAAUGACUUUCUUUUUGAGCAGCGCCUUCAGAACUUCAUAUUUGACAUUCUAAUGCAAUAUUCCAAAGGGAAGUCUGCUCUAGUUUUUUGUUCAACUAGAAAAGGAGCGCAAGAAGCGGCACAGCGACUUUCACAGAUGGCAAUGACAUUUGGUUAUUCAAAUCCUUUUAUUAAGAACAAGGAACAACAAGAAAGUCUGAGGGAAGCUUCAUUAUCUUGCAGUGACAAACAAAUGCAGUCUUACAUCAUUUAUGGUGUUGCUUAUCACCAUGGUGGGCUUGGCUUGAAGGAUCGUAACCUUGUUGAAGGUCUUUUUCUUAAGGGGGACAUACAAGUUCUGUGCACUACUAAUACUCUCGCCCACGGAAUCAACUUGCCUGCACAUACUGUAGUAAUUAAAUCAACUCGAAACUUCAACAAGGAAAAAGGACUCUACGUGGAAUACGACCGAACAACCGUAUUGCAGAUGUGCGGAAGAGCAGGGAGGCCACCAUUUGAUGAUACAGGAAUGGUUAUAAUUAUGACAAGAAAAGAAACGGUACAUUUGUACGAGAAUCUACUGAGUGGAUGUGAAACUGUCGAAUCACAAUUGCUCUCUUGUGUAACAGAGCAUCUGACAGCAGAGAUAGUGCAACUGACUGUCACCGACAUCACUCGAGCAAUUGAGUGGAUGAAAUGCUCUUAUUUGUAUGUCAGAAUGAAAAAGGACCCUGGGAAAUAUGCGAUCAAGAAAGGAAUAACUAAUAACCAGAUAGAGAAGCAUAUGCAAGAGAUCUGCCUUCAGAAAGUACAUGAGUUGUCGCAGCAUCAAAUGAUCUGGAUGGAUGAAGAUGGUUUUCUCUUAAAGCCACUAGAGCCUGGUCACCUGAUGACAAAGUACUAUCUAAAAUUUGACACAAUGAAGUACAUAAUGGAGGCCCCUGCAAACUGCAGUUUGGAGGAUGCCCUUCAUGUUGUAUGCCAUGCCGAGGAACUUGCUUGGAUACAGCUAAGACGCAACGAGAAGAAGCUUCUGAAUGACAUUAAUGCUGAUAAAGAUGGAAGGCUUCGGUUUCACAUCAUUGGUGAUAAAGGAAAACCGAAAAAACGUAUUCAAACUAGAGAAGAGAAGAUCUUCAUCCUGACAAAUGAUUUUUUAACUGGAGACCCUUUAGUUCGUGAUAUGUCCAUGACCCAGGAUAUGAACUCUAUCUUACCAAAUGGAUCAAGAGUUGCGAAGUGCUUGAAAGACUAUUUUCUGUACAAGAAAAACUACGUGGGAGCAGUUAAUUCCGCCAGAUUAGCCAAGUCGUUGCAUCAAAAGCUCUGGGAUGACAGUAAAUACUUGUUGAAACAAUUGCCUGGCAUAGGAAUGGUGACUGCCAAGGCUCUACUUACCAUGGGAAUUGAUUCAUUUGAGAAACUACAUGAUGCUGAUCCAAGGAGGAUAGAGAUAGUCACUGGUCGCAAAUAUCCAUUUGGGAAUCAAAUCAAGGAGUCUCUACAGUCAUUACCUCCUAAGGUUGAGAUCAAAGCUGAGGAAAUAGAAUGCGAAAGGCAAGGAAAGGCUAAGGUGUCUAUCAUGUUGACUCGUCUAUUGCAGUCAGUUCUAUCAAAUAAAGGACAUUAUGCUGACAUGAUUGUGGGUUCAGAAGAAGAUAAUUGCAUUCAUUUCCACAAAAAGAUAAGAGUGGCUGAGUUCAGCAGCCCAUACAACACAACAGUCUACGUGUCAUGUCCAAGGCAUGGAAAGUUGACCAUUAAGGCUGACCUGAUUUUUGAAGAAUAUCUUGGCAUUGAUCUGCACAAUACUUUUCAGUUGAAGGAGAACCAACCGAACACCGAUACUGAAGGUGAAAUCAGGAAGCCUUCAUCUUUCCCUCCAUCAGGGCAAGUGGGUAUAAACUGCAACAGUAAAAGCACAUCCAAUGCUAUAGCAAGAAGCUUUCAUAAUUUCCACAAGUCUAAAAGCAAAAGCAAUUCUGGGCCCAGUUUUGACCUCAUAGAUGAAGACUCGGUAGAAAGUAUUACUAAGCAAUUUACCAUUUUUUUCUGCUUGGAGACCCUUAUUUCCUCUUUCCAGUCCUCAGAUAUGUUUCUGCUUCUAGGUAAUGAAGGCGAGCCAACAAAGAGAGAUGACGAUGAUGAUGACUGCAAGAUCAUAUCUGAAACUACCGUCUUUGACCAUAUACGUGAAAAGGCCAAAUGCUUUCCUGCACUGACUACAUCGAGCUCUUCCUGUUCUCCAUCGCGUCAACUUCUGGAUAUACAAAGAAAGCGCAGCCGCGAAAAGCCACUGAAGCUCCCCGAGUUAAUAGAAAUUCAGGAAGAAACAGAGGGAUGGGAUACCGAUGACGACUUAUAUGGAUGUGACGCUGAUGACCAUUCGAGUUCAAAGCAACAUUUUGCAGAUGCAUUCUCAGUGGCAGCGAACCCUGAAGGUGGGUUUCCUUCCAAACCUAAAGAAAAUGCAUCCGUGGCUCUGAACGAAGAAACGGUAUUCAAUCACAUUCGAAAGAAAUCUAAGAACCUCCCAGUUCUCACAGGUCUGAAGAUGUCAGAACCCAAACCCCUUAUCGGGACAAAGGAGCACUCGUUCGAGGAGCAGCCUCAUCACAUUAUAUCAAAAGACUUUCUUAGAGAUGACACUAGCAUCUCGAAUACAGAGCGCAUACAGGUGGAGAAAGAUCCACGCCAUACUCAUUCACUCGGAGUUUCAAGGACGAGUAUUGAUAUAUCUGCCAUGAAGAUGCUCUUGUUCGAUAGCCCCACAGCGAAGAAGAAUGCCACCCAGGACGACCCUCGUGAAUCCCCGGAAGCAUGCAAGAAGCCCGAUUGCUCUCGUGCUCGACUAACUGUGGGCAAAACCAAGGCAAUGGAUUCAUGCCUAGGGUUCAGGAGCAUCUUCUCAUUCCUCUGAU